UUUGGGGGUUUGGAUUUUGUCAAACCAGAGUUGUUUCACGGAAUUAUGAGCUGUACUACAGAGCAGUUUUAAGUCAUGGGUUGAUUACGUGAGUUCGUUUGUUCAUUUUCGUGUAGGAUUUCUUGAGAGACAAAUAACGAUGAAUCUGCCCGUUUAGGUUGUGUGAAGGUGGUGGAAUCUGUUUUCUUUUUUUGCUGGUGAGCCUUUUUAUUUCAUUGGUGGCCUUUUAUUUUUGAGUUGAGAAUGGAAUCGUCAGAAUUAUCUUGGGAGAAAAAGCUGGUAACUUUUUCUUUUAAUGGUUUAUGUGGGAUAUAUAUUUUUUACUUUGCUCAUGAUUCCCGGGUCCAGGAGAUUCUUUCUGACAAUGAAUAGUUUUCUUCUAGCAUGGGAAUUUUAAUUUAAUUUUGGAGUUCAUAUUUUGUUCUGGCAGUGGCAGUACAAAGAUUAGUAGAUUCCAUAUAAAACUUUAAGCUUUUUCUUUUGGUUAUGGUGAUUUUGAAAUAUUAAGUUUAUAUGGGUUAAAAAAGAAGAAGAAGAAGAAAGAGGAAUAGGGGUGUUUGAAAAAAUGUCAUCCAAGUCGACAAACAUGAGUAACUGUUCUAGGAGCAGCUCUGCUAGAUCAAAACAUAACGCUCGUGUGGUCGCACAGACCACAAUUGAUGCCAAGCUCCAUGUGGACUUUGAAGAAUCCAAGAGGCCUUUUGAUUACUCCACUUCUGUUGACUUCAACGUUUCGAGCUCAACCAGUAAUGUUCCAUCUUCUACGGUGUCAGCUUACCUUCAAAAGAUGCAAAGGGGGAAUCUGAUUCAGCCCUUUGGUUGCUUGAUUGCCGUCGAUGAGCAGAACUUCACGGUUCUUGCUUAUAGCGAAAAUGCUCCGGAAAUGUUGGACUUGGCACCUCAUGCUGUUCCAAACAUAGAGCAGCAAGAGGCUCUGACUUUUGGAAGCGACGUAAUAGCGUUAUUUAGUUCUCCAGGUGCGGCGGCCUUGCAGAAAGCUGCUAAUUUUGAGGAAGUUAAUCUUCUCAAUCCGAUAUUGGUUCAUUGUAAAACAUCAGGCAAGCCCUUUUAUGCUAUUUUGCAUAGGAUUGAAGCUGCACUAGUUAUAGAUCUAGAACCAGUUAACCCAGCUGAGGUGCCAAUAACUGCUGCUGGUGCUUUGAAGUCCUAUAAGUUGGCAUCCAAAGCCAUUUCGAGAUUACAGUCCUUGCCAAGUGGGAACAUAUAUCUGUUAUGUGAUGUUUUAGUUAAGGAAGUUGGUGAUUUAACAGGUUAUGAUAGGAUAAUGGUUUAUAAAUUUCAUGAAGACGAACAUGGAGAAGUAAUUGCUGAAAGUCAUAGACCUGAUUUGGAGCCUUAUCUAGGGUUGCAUUAUCCAGCUACUGACAUACCACAAGCCUCAAGAUUCCUUUUCAGGAAAAACAAAGUUAGAAUGAUAUGUGAUUGUUCUGCCCAACCAGUUAAGGUGAUUCAAGACAAAGGAUUGGCUCAACCAUUAAGUCUUUUUGGAUCCACGUUAAGAUCUCCUCAUGGAUGUCAUGCGCAGUAUAUGGCAAGUAUGGGAUCAAUUGCAUCUCUUGUGAUGUCAGUAACUAUCAAUGAGAAUGAUGAUGAGAUGGAUAGUGAGCAGGACAAGGGGAAAAAAUUAUGGGGAUUAGUGGUCUGCCAUCACACUAGACCCAGGUUUGUUCCAUUUCCACUGCGAUACGCCUGUGAGUUUCUCAUUCAAGUAUUUGCUGUGCAAGUUAACAAGGAAGUGGAAUUGGCUGCCCAAAUGAGGGAGAAGCAUAUUCUGCGAACUCAGACCGUUCUUUGUGACAUGUUGUUGAGAGAUUCUCCUGUAGGAAUUGUUACUAAAUCUCCAAAUGUCAUGGAACUUGUUAAGUGUGAUGGGGCUGCACUUUACUACAAACAGAAAUUUUGGUUGCUUGGAGUUACCCCUACAAACGCACAAAUCAGGGAUAUAGCUGAGUGGCUUCUCAAGUACCAUAGUAGCAGUACAGGCUUAAGUACUGAUAGCCUUAUGGAAGCUGGCUAUCCAGGUGCUUCUGGUCUUGGAGAGGCAGUUUGUGGGAUGGCUGCUGUUAGGAUCACUGCUAAAGAUUUCCUGUUUUGGUUCCGGUCCCAUACAGCAAAAGAGAUCAAGUGGGGUGGUGCAAAGCAUGAUCCUGGUGACAAGGAUGAUGGAAGAAAGAUGCAUCCCAGAUCAUCAUUCAAGGCUUUUUUGGAGGUUGUCAAGUGGCGUAGCCUGCCUUGGGAGGAUAUAGAAAUGGAUGCAAUUCAUUCCUUACAGCUGAUAUUGAAAGGCUCCUUGCAAGAUGAGGUUGCUGACGAUUCAAAAAUGAUUGUGAAUGUACCAUCUAUAGAUGACAGGAUUCAGAGGGUGGAUGAACUGCGUGUUGUCACUAAUGAAAUGGUCCACCUGAUUGAGACAGCUGCUGUCCCAAUCUUCGCCGUUGACUCCUCUGGUAACAUUAAUGGAUGGAACUCCAAAGCAGCAGAACUCACUGGCCUGACAAUUGAGCAAGCCAUUGGCAUGCCAUUGUUUGAUCUUGUCGAGGAUGAUUCGAUCAAUAUUGUCAAAAACAUGCAUUCAUUAGCCUUAGAAGGUAUAGAAGAACGAAGCAUCGAAAUCAAGCUUAAGACUUUUGGUUGUCAGGGAAAUAAUGGCCCUAUAGUCUUAGUUGUUAAUGCAUGUUGUAAUCGAGACAUAAAGGAAAAUGUUGUUGGAAUUUGCUUUGUUGGGCAAGAUCUCACCGGCCAAAAGACAAUCAUAAACAAAUAUGCCCGUGUCCAGAGUGACUAUGUUGGUAUUAUGAGGAACCCAUCUGCUCUUAUUCCCCCAAUUUUUAUGGUCGAUGAAUUCGGCCGAUGCUUGGAGUGGAAUGAUGCAAUGCAAAAGUUGACUGGCAUGAAGAGGGAAGAAGCCAUUAAUAGGAUGCUUUUAGGGGAGGUUUUUACACUGGAUAAGUUGGGCUGUAGGGUGAAGGAUCAUUACACCUUAACCAAACUAAGGAUUUUAUUUAAUGGGAUAACUGCGGGUGAGGAUGCAGAUAAAUUACUGUUUGGGUUCUUUGAUCAGCAGGGUAAAUUUGUUGAAGUAUUACUUUCGGCAAACAAAAGGACAGAUGCGAACGGAAGGAUCACUGGUAUUUUGUGUUUUUUGCAUGUAGCUAGCCCUGAGCUUCAAUAUGCUUUACAGGUGCAGAGGAUGUCUGAACAGGCAGCAGCUAGUAGCUUCAACAAGUUGGCUUACAUCCGUCAAGAACUCAGGAAGCCUAUGAAAGGAAUUGCAUUAAUGCAGGAUCUAAUGGGGUCUUCUGAUUUGAGUAGAGAGCAGAAGCGGCUUCUGAGGACAAGUAUAACGUGUCAAGAACAAAUGACCAAGAUUGUUGAUGACACAGACAUUGAAAGUAUCGAGGAGUGCUACAUGGAAAUGGACUCUGGGGAGUUUAACCUUGGAGAAGCCUUGGAAGCUGUCUUGAAACAGGUUAUGUUAAUGAGCCAGGAGCGCCAAGUUCAGGUUAUCCAAGAGUUACCUUCUGGACUCUCAUCCAUGUACUUGUAUGGAGACAAUUUGAGGCUUCAGCAAGUCCUUUCUGGUUUUUUGACAAAUGCACUCCUUUUCACUCCUGCAUUUGAGGAAUCAUCAGUUGCAUUCAGGGUGAUUCCUUGGAAGGAACGUAUUGGAACAAAGAUACACAUUGUUCAUCUUGAAUUUCGGAUCACUCAUCCAGCGCCGGGUGUCCCCGAAGAUUUAAUUCGGGAUAUGUUCCACCACAGGCAGGGUGUCUCAAGAGAAGGUCUAGGCCUAUACAUCAGUCAGAAGCUUGUAAAGAUUAUGAAUGGUACUGUACAGUAUCUUAGAGAGGCCGAAAGAUCAUCCUUCAUUGUUCUUUUAGAAUUUCCAUUGGCUCACCAGCUGGGUCACCGUUGAAAACCCAUGUCCAUGGGAGUCUGAUGAGAUUUGAAACAACGGUACUGCAGCUUCCACAUGAACCGUAUCAGUGGCUUGUGUUCUCAAGUCUCAACCAAUCAAACGUCUUCAGACCUUGGGGUCAAGUUGUGGUCUUUCUGAGUCUGGAUGAUACCUGAUGCUGCUCAACCUAUCAAGGGGCAUUCGCCAUUAGAAGUUUAUAACGCAGGUGAAAAGUUCGCUGCAGAAUCGAAGAUUUCAGUAACGAGAAAACCUGAUAAAACAAUAGUGAAUAUCUUAGAACCUUCUUUAUUUUAGGAUACAUUAUGUAUCUUUCUUGCAUUACUAUUCCAUAGACUGAGGCAAUAUCUAACUGCCUGGGCAUCAUAUGGUGCCGAUGUUGCUGCUUUUGGUGUAUAAGAGGCUACUGUACAGUGAACCUCUAAAUGAUCCUUGACUUGAUAAUGAACUCUUUUCCAGCUAUGGAGGAUAAACAGUUUCAGAAGACUGGUUGCUAGUCACAUGCAAAUACAGAAGGAUGUAGACGGAUCCUUCUCGAACAAUUACGAACAUCUCAAAGGUAUUGGUACAGCAGAAGGUGAAAUAGUUCCCUGUGGCUCCAAGUUUCAAUUCCAGAAAACCUGUAGCUCGAGCUAUCCUUUGUCCGGGUUGGGAGGAUCGGCAUUCAACUUUCGUGUUUCUUGAGACCCUUUGCUGUUCCCUCCAUUGAUAGUAUUUAUGUUGUCUUGUUUCUGUUUUUAAAUGGCAGAAAACCUGUUUUGUUUCCUGUUUAUUCUAUGAAAGCAUUUGGUCAAACUGUUGAGCCACCGUAUUUACUUAUUUUACGUGAAAAAGGGUGGAUUUUGUUUUUGUUU